CCAGUACCGCACUCCUACACGCGACCCCCUCACCCAACGACGCGCCAUGUCCUCCAACGACGAAUAUUCUGACGAGGACGUCGAGUACUAUGAUGAUGACGAGGACAUGUUUGACGAGGAUGAGGACGAGGAUGGAUCUGCCUCGGAGAUGGAGCUCGAUGAGUUCAACGACUUCAACUCGGCCGAGCAUCCGCUCCACAAGAUAUACGAGGUUGAGUACGAUUCCCUAAGCCAGACGGAUAUCGAGAAGAUGAUGAAGGCGGAUAUCGACUACAUCAGCGAGAUAUGUGGGGUCGACAUACACGCGGCGUCCUUGCUUUUGCGCUACUUGAACUGGAACAAGGAGAUGCUGAUCGAGAAAUACAUGGACAACCCGAUGAUCAUUUCAACUGCUGCAGGCAUUAUACCGCCCAAGAAGGCGCCAGAGCCUGCGCGCUUUCAUUCCUCGUCCUCAUACUUGCGCUCUACGUUGGGCACCCAACAGAGCAGCAGAAGCGCGGCGACACCUGGGCUUCAGCCUGGCAUGUUUAGGAUUCUCGGACGAACCAGCCCUUCAGUGGAGGACGCCAACUUUGUCUGUCCAAUCUGCUUCGACGAGGAACAGACGGAGACCAUGGCGCUGUGUUGCAACCACAAGUUCUGCAAGUCGUGUUGGAAUGCAUACGUGACCAGCAAGAUCCGCACCGAGGCCGAGUGCUGGAUCACCUGCAUGGCGGAGCGCUGCUCGAUUGCCGCCCCGGACCCGUUUGUCCAUGAAGCCUUGGGAGAGGAUGCUGAGACUUGGGAACGCUUCCAGGAGCUGCUCGGCAGGCAGUUCGUCUCCAACAUGCACAAUUUGAAGUAUUGCCCAUAUCCGUCUUGCACUUAUACAGCGUCAUGUUCGGCGGUGCCAAACAGGUCUGUUCUUUUGAAGACUGUACCGAUCGUGACGUGCGGAGCGGGGCACAAGUUUUGCUUUGGCUGCAACAUCGACAGCGACCAUCGGCCGGUCAUUUGCGCCAUCGCGCGUAUGUGGCUGCAGAAGUGUCACGACGACAGCGAGACGGCGAAUUGGAUCAAGAGCAACACGAAGGAGUGCAGCAAAUGUCAGAGCACGAUCGAGAAGAAUGGUGGUUGCAACCAUAUGACGUGCAAGAAGUGCAGGUGGGAGUUCUGCUGGGUAUGCUUGGGCCCUUGGUCCGAGCAUGGGUCGUCGUUUUACAACUGCAACCGCUAUGAUGAGAAGACGAGCGUUGAUGCUCGAGACGCUCAGUCGCGAAGCCGUGCAUCAUUGGAGCGGUACCUGCACUAUUACAAUCGCUGGGCGAAUCAUGAACAAUCGAAGACGCUGUCUGUAGAGCUGUAUGCGAAGACAGAGAAGAAGAUGGAAGAGAUGCAGAUCAUGUCCGAGCUUUCGUGGAUCGAGGUGCAAUUCUUGAAGAAGGCAGUUGAUGAGGUGAUCCAAUGCCGCACGACACUGAUGUGGACGUAUGGUAUGGCAUACUUCCUCGAGAAGGGCAACGAGAAGGAGUUGUUUGAGGAUAAUCAGCGUGACCUGGAGCGGGCAGUUGAGGAACUGUCGGAGCUGAUCGAGUCACCGAUUGACCCCGAGGGGAUCAAGGAGCUCCGCCAGAAGGUGACGGACAAGACGGUCUACGUGCACAAGCGUAAUGAGAUCAUGCUCGAGGACACGGCCAGGGGCUUCAUGGAGGGCCGCUGGACAUGGAUCGUGCCGAUAGAGGGUUCCGACUGAUUGCCCACCGAAGUCUUACGCAGAUCCGCUUCACGCACUUCCUAUCCACUAAUAUCUCACAUCUACGCUUACUUCAUUUUCCACCGACACUGAUCUGGAAUUUUCAUGCUAUACCCAUUCCCGACUUAUAUUUUGCACUGUACACCGGUUCUUUCUUCGCUGUCCCUCGCACGCUCUCGUUCCCAUCACCGUCUGAUCGGUGACGCACAAUGUAAUUUAGGAUCUUAGUACUUCCUGUGUCGUCUGUAUUAUGUAUUAUGUGUCAAUGUAUUAUUGGAUUAUUCAUGCGCGCUG